AUGGCCUCUACACAGGAUCUACAGGCGCUGCUUCGCUUUCUCUCCCAGGAUGCAAAAGUCCCGCUGGCACAAGCAAUGAGCAAGGUUAAAGACUUGCAGGCGGCGAAGCUCAACACUGUGUCUGACUUGGCGAAUGCACAAUUCGACGAUCUGAAAAGCAUAUUUGGAGACGAAAAGAUAGCACGACAAGUUUUGAAUGCUGCGAAGCGAGUCUCGAAGAAGCGCAAAUCGAGUGAGACGUCAGCUUCCGGAUCAACAUCGUCGCCCAAGAGGGCCAAGCCUUCCUAUGGCCAACCGCUCAACCCUGCUGACUUGGAAGCAUCCCUUGCGCUACCUGAUGCCGAACGUGACGAGCAGACACUUCAAGGUACCGUUGUACACACCAAUAGAGCCCCGCUCGUACUAGCCUUUGCUGUGACCUUGCUCAAGUAUACCAUGCCGGAUCAGCCUAUCUCGAGUAGACUAAGCCUUGCCCAAGCAGUCACUUCGAUGAACAGUAAAAGCAAAGCUGUCCACAUUGGCCUUGAUCACGGGCAAGCAGCCGAGGAUGAAGGCUGGGGUGAGGGGCAACCGAUUGUCAGAAUUAUGAGCAGAGACGUGCGAGUGAUGAAAAGAUGGGGCUAUGACUGGGAAGAGUCGAGAACUUCUAUCAACUCCACACAAGAAACACUUCCAUCGUCAGAAACUACACUCAUAGAAGAGCCUACUACUAAAGAGCCUGCGCUUUGGGGUGUGGAUCUGGAAGCACUCAAGAAGACAUCCUCAGCCACUGGUCCCAGCAGGACUCCGUCGAGUCAGCUACCGAUAUACACCGCUCAGUCGGCGAGAUCUUACCUCGUAAGGGCGUUCGACACCCCAAAGGAUAGCAAAGCAGCCGCGCCUAGGAAACAGACAGCAGCUUCAAUGGCAGCAGAAAAGGAGCGCAAUCUCGGUCUGGUGCUGGGAGCCUUGGAGCUUUUGUACGAGUCCUGGGUACAUAUUCUCAGCAAAGAAGACAUGGACAAAAGAGCGUGGGGAUGGUAUGUGCGCGUCAGACCAGAUGUCGCAAGUGGAACAGCAGGCUGGGGUGGAAAAGGUGAUGUGAAGCUGUCUGAUAUUUUGGAGCUUCGAAGGCCAUCCGUUGACGUCAAGAAAGAGCCUGAGUGAGACAUGCUGGAUGUAAAACGCCAUGUCUGGCACCAUGCCACCUACGCAUCAUCUACCAUCGCUUUCUGUCCGCCAUCGUUGUCUUUUCAGGAACUUUUGGUUCCCAUCUAUCAAGAUCAAGUAAAGACUGAGCCAUCGAU